AUGGCUGGGGAGAACCAGCAGCGGACUCUCCGGAAGAGCAUCGCGGCUCAGCAACCGGCUCCGCAGUCGCCCCCGCCUGGCAACAGCCCCAGCGCCCCGCAAGCGCCCAGCCCGGACAGCGGCGACACGGAGCGAGUGGCGCUCAAGAAGGAGAUCGGCUUGGUCAGCGCCUGUGCCAUCAUCAUAGGUAAUAUUAUUGGUUCUGGCAUCUUUAUUUCACCCAAAGGAGUUCUUGAGCAUUCUGGGUCAGUGGGACUCGCACUCAUAAUAUGGAUACUUGGAGGUGGGAUCUCAGCACUUGGGUCCCUCUGUUACGCUGAAUUAGGAGUUACCAUCCCUAAAUCAGGAGGCGACUACUCCUACGUCACUGAGAUUUUCGGUGGAUUAGCUGGAUUUCUGCUGCUAUGGAGUGCAGUCCUUAUCAUGUACCCAACCAGCCUGGCUGUUAUUGCAUUGACCUUUUCCAACUAUGUCCUACAGCCAGUAUUUCCCAAUUGCAUCCCACCUUACAAAGCUUCACGAGUCCUCUCCAUGGUGUGUUUAUCACUGUUGACUUGGGUGAACAGCUCCAGCGUUCGGUGGGCCACACGAAUCCAGGACAUCUUCACCGCAGGAAAACUCUUGGCUUUGGGUCUUAUCAUAACUGUUGGCUUUGUGCAAAUCUUCAAAGAAAACUAUGAAGCAUUGAUACCAAGCAAUGCCUUCAGCUUCUGGAUGACCCCGUCUGUGGGACAUUUGGCCCUAGCCUUUCUCCAAGGCUCCUUUGCAUUCAGUGGGUGGAAUUUCCUAAAUUACGUGACAGAAGAACUGGUUGACCCACGCAGGCUGUGUUUCUCCGGUGCCCGAGAAGGCCACUUGCCGAGUUUCCUGGCCAUGAUCCAUGUCAAACAUUGCACCCCAAUUCCAGCUCUCCUCGUCUGCGUAGGUGUUCCUGUAAAAUCAAUUGACAUAGUUAAUAGAAAGACUAUUGAAUCUUUAACCUACUGGGGCCAGAAGAUCUGUUUUGUUGUCUACCCUCAGAAGGGAGCUCCUGAAGACGAUCUACCUUUCACCGAUUAUCCCUCUCAAGAAAUCAAAAGACCUUAA